AUGUUGUGUGUGCAGUGCGGCACACGUAGCAACCCAUGUAGGUGCAAGGUGCUGGGGCCUACCUUAGGGUGUUUAUGCUUUCUUGGAGCUGCCAUUAUUGAAUGGCCUGUUGGGGCUUUUGUUUACAUGUUCAAGCACGUCAAGGGGAAAAGAAUCAUGGCUCAUCCGGCCACUGUUGUUUAUCCGAAGGUCUCUAAUGCCAUUCCAAUUUGA